UCUCCGCGCUUGCGCAGUUGCGACGGUGUCAAUGUGCGUAGCUUGGUACUGUGCGGCGAACUGAGCUGACUCCGAGUUAAAAAUGGCAAUAUCAGCCGUUUUUGUUAACUUUCUACUUUUUGUCUUAGUCACGCUGACAGAGUCAUCGCUGACCACGGAAAAUAUCCUGAUUAACGUGAUAGCCGGGUCGCCAGAUACACAGGAGCCUUACAAUUUGCAGAUCAAUUUAAACAUAUCAGUGAACAAGGAGCAAGUAUUGGUAAACAAUAUCCCCGUUGAGCUAUCAGCGGUGACCAGAUUAAACUGUCAAGCCCUUUUCUUGGCCAGCACAAAUGGAAGCAGCGAGUAUGGGGCUGGGGACCUGCUUUCUACUGUCACCAGGGUGAUGGUGACCCAGAACCAGCUGUACAGUGACGCAGAAAAAGUGGUGGCUCUGCAGGUGUUCAGUGAAGUCGUGGAGUUGGAGGGCAGAAAGGUGCAGCAGCCUGAUAUGUGUGAGGUGAAAAUACUGCUGAGUCCAGACUUCCAGACGCUGGCCCAGUACACCAACACUUACCCCAUGGGACACAGUGACAUCUUCAGGCUGUCCAGAGAGCACGACGUGGUGGUCACACGUCCCGCCAACCAUCAGAAAGAGGAGCAAAUGAUGUCCCAGACCACCAGCCAGUACGCUCUCAAACACUCGGAGACCACGCAAGAAGAAAUCGCGGCGCCGGGGAAACUCCCGGAGACGCCGCUGCGCAUGGACCCUGAUGUCCUGCGUGAUGCCAGCUAUGAAGACGCAGAAGACCUGGGACAACCUGAGCAGGCGCCAGUGGAGACUUCGCCCAGAGAAUUUCUCUCCUAUUCGGCCAUGUGUCGCUGGGUGGAUGACUUCCGGGAGCGUCUGCGACACUUCUGUGCCCAGUCACUGCCCCUCUUCUUCCUGGUCAUGUGUGUGGUGGUCAUCGGCGUGGUGGGCUCGGCCGUCAUCGUCAAGAUACUGGACUUGUUCUUGCCCGCCUGCGAACCCAGGCCCAUGUUUCAACUGAAGGAUGUGAGUCUGGUGCCAGAGAAGGAGGAGGAGGAGGAGAAGCACACGCUCCUGGACAACGUGGACUUGGAAGACCAGGACCAGAGGAAGCCUUGAGGGAAGACUUGCUUUUUUUGUUGUCUUGUUAGGCAGAAGUGAAAUGUUUAUUUUGUACAGUUCCUGUGACUGAACACCAACUCUCAGCCUUGUGAAGACUCCAUGUGCUUUAUAUCCUCAUGUAUUCACCACACCACACAAUCACAACCUCAUGUAUUCACCACACAAUCACAACCUCAUGUAUUCACCACACCACACAAUCACAACCUCAUGUAUUCACCACACAAUCACCACAAAAUCACAACCGCGCUUUACUCUUUUCCAUCUUCACUGUUUAUUGCUGCUGUCCAACUCCUUUAAAUCCCUUUACACUAUUUUCCAGACUAUAAGACACUAUUUUUUACGCUUUGACCCCUGCGGCUUAGAAAACAGUGCGGCUCAUUUAUGUAUUUUUCUUCAAUAACGGCCUUAGUGUUAUGUAAUGGACAACAUUUUCGCUGAAAAGCUGUGUUGUUGUUUGUGCUGUGGCGCCAUCUCUUGGACGAGUUCACUCACUGCACGUGGCGCAGGUUGAAAAUGUAUUUCCUGUUUCGUUCCUUGAACCAAAAGUAUGCCGUAGCAUUUCUGCUCGAAAGGAUUCUUCACUCACACUUUGAGCAACAAUUGUAAGUUUUACAAUAUAACUAAAACUGUUCAUACAUACUAAAGUGUUCCAUGUGUGUAGGAGUCUUUUCAUGCAUAUUUGUGUGUGCUAUUGUAAUAUAAUCAAGCUAGCAACGUUAGCAUUAGCUAAUAUGCUAACACUUUUACGAGUGUCUGUGUUAGUAUUAUUAACUUCCAAUGUAUUGUUUUGUAAAUUCACCAAAACGUCGGCGUGGAGUUAUUGGGUCUGUUUAGCUGAUUGGAGAGCUAGCUUGCGCAGCUAGUUGGCUUCUGUUUUGUUUGAUCAGCCGUUUUACUGUCGUGUUGCAGACACUGCUUGGAAACUAUUAAGGUAUGUAAAUAAACACUCAGAAAACCUUUGGUACCGAUAUACUGUAUAUCUGCGGCUAAUAUACUGUAUGUAAAUAUAUUUAUUCCUUCAAAAAUGUGUCUUGAAUGGCCCGGAAAAUAUGGUAUGUCAACAUUUAAUAAUAAUAAUAAUACAUUUUAUUUAGUAUAGCGCUUUUCAGAGCACUCAAAGACGCUUUACAGGAUAAAAAAUUAAAAAUAUAAAACAGUUUAAAGUAAUAAUAUAAAAUACAUUUGUGGUAGUAUUGUAAUAAUAAUAAUAAUAAUAUUAGAUUUUAUUUGUAAAAACACUUUACAUUGAGCAAACAACCUCCAAAGUGCUACAGUGCAUUUAAAAAAACAAACAAAAACAAAACAAAUUAAAAAACAACGCUAAAACCACAAAUAGCUGCCCCCAACAAGUAAAAUAAAUAGUAAAAAUAAAAUAAAAACUAUAACAGCCUAAUAGCUAGAACUAACACAUAUAUCUAAAAAAAAUAGGCUCUUUUUUUUUUAAAGAAGGGUUUUUAAGCCUUUUUUAAAAGCAUCCACAGUCUGUGGUGCCCUCAGGUGGUCAGGGAGAGCGUUCCACAGACUAUGAAAGCCCGGUCUCCCAUAGUUCUGAGCUUUGUCCUCAAAGGUUGGAGGAGGUUAGCCUAACUAGUAAGGCGGAAUUAAAAUGUGCACACAGUGACUUCCUGUUCAGUGCAAAGGAGGCUUCAAAAUAAAAGCAUGGUGGUAUAAACUUGCAUUCUACCAUAGCUACUAACACAAUUCAAAAUCUUCCUAAGUUUAUGUUUCUGAUGAACAGAAGGCAGAUGUGUGACAUGACAUGUAGAUGAAGGCAUUCAUGGUCAUCACAUGUGUACAUGACAUGUAGUUGAAGGCAUGCAUGUCAUCACAUGUGUACAUGACAUGUAGUUGAAGGCAUUCAUGUCAUCACAUGUGUACAUGACAUGUAGUUGAAGGCAUUCAUACAAGUAUAAGCAUUUACAUCAUUGUAUUUAUUCAACUGUACUAAUGUAAAUGAUGCACGUGACUCAUUUAUCAAUGAAAGUGAUUUCAAACUGAAUUGUUUAAGACUCCCAGUCAUUUAAAUGAUGCAAGUAACUUAUUGUGUUUCAUCAAAAGUGUCGUUAAAAACUGAAAUGUUGGGCAGCACUAAUAAACAAUGAAGUCAUUGUGAUUCAUCAACAUUCAUGAGUGUAAUUAAGUCUUUUCCAAUCAAUCAGCAGCACUUAUUUGAAUGAUGCAGGCAGAUUUGUUGUGAUCAAUACACAUUCAGAAGUGUGAUAAAUGUCAUUUGAAGUUGUAUUAUCAUGUAAACAACAUGUAGACAAAUUAACAUGCAAGCAAUGGCAGCUUUUUUGUUAUGUUGACAACCACUUAUGUUGACAUGAGUCAGCGGUUUUUUGUUAUGUUGAUGUGACAGUCCUUCACUGUCGUGCGGGUUCCAUGGACCACCAAGGAUUGACACCACCGCGAGCAGGUUUGACAAUUUUAUAGAAAAAAAAAUUGUUGGCAAAAUGCAUGUUUAAAAAAUCAGUUUGAAUAUUUUUUUUACACUGAAUUUUGUAUACACUGAAAUUUAAGUGUUUAAAAAAAUGUUCUGUUUCAAAAAGUAAGACUCACUUCCUGUAAAUGAAGACUGAAGUAUGGAUGUUAAUGUGUGUCUUUUAUUAUGAAAGUGUUUUUGACACUGAAUUUAUGUAACUGAAAUGUUUGCGUUUGAAUUUUGUGAACUGAAUUUUGUUUUUUUUACAUCAAAUUAUGCCGACAAUUUCUUUGAAAAAAAAAAAUUCAGAGUAAAUAAUUUCACUAUAUCAAAAUUCAGUGUAAAAAAGUGUAAAACAUUUCAGUGUAAAAAAAAUUCUGUUUCAAAAAGCAAGACUCAUUUCCUGUAAAUGAAGACUGAAGUAUGGAUGUUAAUGUGUGUCUUUUAUUAUGAAAGUGUUUUUUGACACUGAAUUUAUUUUUGCCUUUGAAUUUUGUGAACUGAUUUUUUUUUUUUUUUUUACAUCAAAUUAUGACGAAAAUUUCUGUGUAAAAAAAAAAAAAGUUAGGUUUCAGUGCUAAAAAAAUUCCGUGUUGAAAAAGCAAGACUCACUUCCUGUAAAUGAAGACUGAAGUAUGCAUGUUAAUGUGUGUCUUUUAUUAUGAAAGUGUUUUUUGACACUGAAUUUAUGUAACUCAAUUUUUUGCAUUUGAAUUUUGUGAACUGAAUUUUCUUUUUUUACAUCAAAUUAUGACCAUUUUUUUAAAAAAAAAUUCUGAGUAAAAAAUUUCAGUGUAUAAAAAUUCAGUGUCAAAAUAUGUUCUGUUUCAAAAAGUAAGACUCACUUCCUGUAAAUGAAGACUGAAGUAUGGAUGUUAAUGUGUGUCUUUUAUUAUGAAAGUGUUUUUUGACACUGAAUUUAUGUAACUCAAUUUUGGGUGUUUGAAUUUUGUCAACUUAAUUUAUUUUACAUCAAAUCAUGCAUUCAUUUUUUCUUAGAAAACCAAAUUCUGUGUAAAAGUGUGUGUAAAAAAAGUAAAAAAUUCAGUGCUGAAAAAAUGAAUUGUCGAAAAAUAUUCUGCUUGAAAAAGCAACUCACUUCCGGUUAAUGAAGCCUAAAGCAAGCGUCUCACAAUCAGCCAAUGAGGUGUCAAGUUUGAUGUCACGUGACACAGCAUAAAAAGGCGGGUAAGUGGGCGUCAUAAAACACCACCACGUGCCUUCAAACCUGACACCUCAUUGGCUGCUUCAGUCUUCAUCUACCGGAAGUGAGUCUUGCGUUUUGAAGCGGAACAUUUUAAUACACUAAAUUAUAAAACACACAUUUUGCUGACACUUUUUCAAUUAAAUUGUCAGCAUAAUUUCAUGUGAAAAUAAAUUCAGUUCACAAAAUUCGAACGCAAAAAAAAGAGUGGCAUAAAAUCAGUGUCAACAAACGCUUUCAUACGACGCCCAGAAUGUAAAUACUUUUUUUUUUUUUAAAGAAUACGCGAAUUAUGGAUGCGCCGAUAUAAAUGAUCUUAAAAAAGGAUACAAAAAACCCCCCUACUAAAAUUCAUCUCUUAGUUAUUAAACGUAUUUAUAAUACAGUGUUUAAAGAAUCCGAGUUAGUUGUGUGACUGCACUUCCUGCUGGACAAUGUGAGACAGCGCCCUCUGCCGGAUGUUUUGCCACACAACGCUUUUCUUCUACCUCUGCGCCAACAAAGCACUUCCUCUUGAAGUUGCCUUCCAAAUAAUAUUUCAUGAGGUGGCCAGUGAGAGUACUCGUCUAAAUAAUUCAUUAUUGACAGACAUGUUUCUAUGCGUCACCAUAAAAGACACAAGUUCUCCCUCCCUGCAUGUGAAUCGCACCACAUAAAAGUGUGAAACUGCUUCAACUUGCUACUUUUUGUACCGCAUGAUGUAAAUAUGCAUUUGUGCUGCUGUCAUUUCUUGACUACUACGACUACGCUUUCACAUUUCUCCCUUCUUUUGGCUGACAAUACAAAUAAACAAACA